CUUCCUUCAUAUAUGUCCACACUAGUAGUUGACUUUCUUGCAGACACAUACGAUCUCCACUUAAUUAUAACACCACAUCAUGGCCGACAAUGGAGCAGCUGCCUCCUCCUCUUCGUCAUCAUCAUCCGGUAUGUACGAUGUUUUUCUGAGCUUUAGAGGCGAAGACACAAGAUACAUAUCCUCAGAUUCUCUCUACCGUAAACUCGCAGAAAACGGAAACCUCAAAGUGUUUAGAGAUUGUCCGGAUCUGAAACUAAGUGACCCAAUUAAAUCUACUCUUGUGGAAGCCAUUAAAAGAUCAAGGAUGUUCAUUGUUAUGAUGAGCCCAAACUAUGUGUCUUCCUCGUGGUGCCUCGUGGAGCUAGUGGAGAUACUCAAGUACUCCAACAAUGGAAGAAAUCGCCCCGUUUUUCCAGUUUUUUACCACGUGGAGCCUUCAGAAGUUAGAUAUCAGAAUAGCAUCAAAUCUAAGGAAGCCAUGAGAAAACAUGAAGAUACAUACGGCAAAGAGACUGUGGCAGCGUGGGAGUCGGCUCUAUCUACAAUUUGCGGGCUAUGCGGACAGCACAUUGUUGAGAAUAAGGGGUAUGAAACUGAGGUCAUUGACAAGAUUGCUGAACAAGUCUUUGCAAAAAAUCGAGAGAUCAAGCAACUAUUGAAUAGAUUUGAUUCUCAAUUUGAAGAAGUGGAAUCACUUUUGGACCUCAAAUCUCGUAAUACUCUUCGUAUGGUGGGUAUUUACGAAGAAGAUGCUGAAAUAGACAAAACAACAUUCACUUUGGAGCUAUACUAUAAGAUCAAACAUGAAUUCAAAGAGGCAAGUUUUCUUCUCGGUGUAAGUAAAACUUUAGAGGAAAGCGCUGAUGGCCUGAAAAAUCUCCAAAAGGCGAUUCUUUCUGAUAUGGGUGUAGAGGUAAGCACUGUGGAUUGCACAUCUACCGGAUCCUGGGAAAUCAAGCUGAGGUUGCGCCAUAAAAGAGUGCUUUUGGUUCUAAAUGAAGUUGAUAGUAAAAUGCAUUUAGAGUUGCUGGCAAGAAGGGGUGAUUUGUUUGGUCCUGGUAGUAGGAUCAUCAUAACAACAGAGGACAAAGAUCUCUUGGAUAAUUAUCCUGUGAUAGAUGGUGUUGAGACUAAGACAUAUUGCAUUCGUGAAUGUGAUGAAUUCGAAGGCAACAAAGACAGUAAUCAUAUUGUGAAGGAAGAAUAUGUAGUGGGAUUGAAGAAAGAUUUCAAUGAUGUGAUUAAGCAACUCAUGGAAGAAGAUUCCCCUGAUGGGAACAUUGUUUCCAUAGUUGGCAUGGGUGGGAUAGGGAAGACUACACUUGCUCGAAAGAUCUACAAUAGCGAUGAGGUCAAGAAGCUAUUCGCUUGCCGUGCAUGGGCAACUAUUUCCAAGGAUUGCAGAGAGGAGGAGGUUUUUAAAAGUCUUCUCAACUGUCUGAAGUCAUCCACUUCUAAACAUGAAUAUUCAAGUAGUGAAGAGGAGUUAAUGCAGAAGGUGAGGAAAUGUUUGACAGGGAAAAAGUACUUGAUAGUCCUUGAUGAUAUUUGGGACACUAAAGCAUGGGCCAGUCUAAAGGGUUGUUUCCCAGAAAACAACGAUGGUGGCAUGAUACUAAUAACAACCCGUAAUGAUCAGGUGGCCUACUCUUUAAGGUCAAAGGUUCCUCACCACAAGCUUCCCUUCAUGGAUAAAGAACAAAGUUGGAAACUGUUUUGCAAUGAGGUGUUUUGCAGAGAAAAGUGUCCUCCCAAGCUAGAACGAAUUGGUAGAUCAAUUGCCAACACUUGCAGCGGUUUACCACUGGCUAUCAAAAUCACAGCUGGGUUUGUAGCAAAAACGAAGAGAUCGGGGGAUGAAUGGAAAAGAAUCAAGAAACUACUCCCUCAUUUGCGUAUUGUUGAAGAGAAGGAAUGUAAGGAGAUGAAGGAGAGAUUGAAGCUUAGCUACGAUGAUCUUCCUGAGAACAUCAAGCCAUGCUUCCUAUAUCUUGGAGUUUUUCCCGAAGAUGAUCAGAUUUGUGUGCGAGACUUAAUCCGUCUAUGGAUAACAGAGGGCCUCAUAGAAGAGCCAAUCCAAAGUGGAAGAUCAAAAGCAACACCCACAGAACUUGAAGAUAUUGGUGAGCAAUACUUGACAGAGCUAGUGGGUCGUAACUUGGUACAAGUGUCUCAGAGAAGGAGUGAUGACAAAGGCGUGAAAACAUGUCAGAUCCACGACCUCAUCCGGGAACUUUGCAUAUCAGAGAGUAAUAAAAACCCUGAUAACAAUAAUAAUAAUGCUCCUAGGUUAUCCUUUCCCAAGGAUAUAGGAUCUUAUGCAUGUUUGGUAACAUGUAGUCAAUCAGGCACUUGUUCCUUGUUCGUGUAUGGAGAUGCAGAGGGGUGGUCACAUCAUAUUCCAAAAGACUACCGAGUUAUUGUGCUAUAUUUUAAAGGAUCGAAGAUGGAUAUAAUUAGUGGAAAGAAUGCUGGGUUUUUGAAGGGGUUGAAAAGCCUCAGGAUCUUGAGAGUGGAAUUUCCUGACCCAUACCGGUUCUAUCCGCUUCAUCGUAUGCACAUAUUACAUAUACUAGAACAUUCUGCAGAGGACAUAAAUAUUGAGGGGUUAAAGCAACUAAGACAUCUCCGCAGUAGAUAUGCAGUGCACUUAUUAGUUGAUGAAGAAGGGGUAAAAGAAAAAAUGCAGAAUCUCCAAACCCUAUGUUAUGUGCAUCUCGAUUCACGACUAGAGUUCUUACUCGACAAUGGCUACUUUCCCAACUUGAGAACACUGGGUUUACAUUCAGCAGAAAGAAAGUUAAGUUGCUUACGCCGCUUGAGCAAUCUACGUGAAUUAAAACUUGAGCAUAUGACCUCUAAAUAUGUUCCAUUAGAUAAAAAUGUAUUUCCGUCAAAUCUUACCAAGAUUACCUUGUCAUGGUAUGUGGGUUUUAGCACCAAAGCCAUGAAUGCUUUGGGACAAAUCCCCACCCUUCAAAUUUUGAAAUUAUAUGAAGUACAAUGUAUGGAAGGAAUCCUUAAUUGUGGUACUGAGAGGAGCUUUCCGCGGCUUCAAGUGUUUAUCAUGAAAAAGGUGCAGGUCAAAGGUCUUACAUUAGAAGGAGGUGCAAUGCCUUGCCUGCAACGUGCAGUCUUCCAUGAGUGCCCUGGCUUGAAGUUGGAGUACCUUCCUGAACAAAUGCGUUCCUCGGGUUGCAACUUGGAGUUUUCAGAACAUGUUGAGCAACGGCGUUCUUGGGUUGUAAAAACUUGGAGUUUUCAGAACAUGAACAAGAAUAAGAAAGUGAUGAUGAUACCGAUAAUGAUGAUGAUGAUGAUGAUGAUACCGAUGAUGAUGAAGAUGAUGAUGAUUGAUUGAUUGAUAUUGAUUAAUUGAUUUCUGUGAGGCAUUAAUGUUCACGUCGUCAUCAUUGCUUCUUUCCCAAAAGCAGAUUCAGCAUCACUCCAUCAUAUAUCUAUCAAAGUGCAUCUAUGCAAAAGCUGGGGAGAUUCAGAAAUUGAAACACCUUGGCAGUAUUAUCAAAGUGCAUUUAUUAGCAGAAGGUGAAGGAGAAACAGACACAAGAAGAAGAAUGAAGAAUCUCUUUGUGGUGUUUGCUAAUAAGUAUCUUAAGGCAUAUUCAUGUUAUUUUUUAUUUUUUAUUUUUUAUAUUUUGUACUCAACACAAGUUUCUGAAGCAAACGGGAUUGUAAUAUAAAUAUAAUUAGAUUAUAAAUUCUUG